CCUUUGUUCAACCAAAGUCCAGCAGGUUCCAAGUCUAGCACCUGUCAGCAGUGAGAGAAUUCCAGGAUAAACCAAAGAGCUUCGGUCCUGGUUACAGACAUGGCCUCUACCAUCACACCUCGAGAAUGUAAACUUUCCAAACAAGAUGGGCAAAGCUAUGGCUUCUUCCUCCGGAUUGAGAAGGACACUGAGGGUCACCUAGUUCGUGUGGUAGAACCGGGCAGCCCAGCUGAGAAAGCCGGCCUCAGAGAUGGCGACCGCGUCCUCUGUAUCAACGGAGUGUAUGUGGACAAAGAAGAACACUUGAAGGUUGUGGAUCUAGUCAAGAAAAGUGGGAAUUCAGUGAUAUUCCUGGUUCUGGAUGGAGUGUCUUAUGAACAAGCAAUAAAAAAGGGGAUAAGCCUGAAGGAACUGAGUCAGAGCCAAAAGGAGUCACCCCCAGUAAUGAAUGGGGUAGCAGGAGCAGGGAGCCAGCCCCGGCUGUGUUACCUGGUAAAGGAAGGAAGCAGUUAUGGCUUCUCUCUGAAAACUGUGCAAGGUAAAAAGGGAGUAUAUAUGACUGACUUGAUUCCCCAGGGUGUAGCUUCAAAGGCUGGUGUGCAAUCUGAAGACCGUUUGAUUGAAGUGAAUGGGGAGAAUGUGGAAAAUGCCAGUCAUGAGGAGGUGGUGGAAAAGGUGAAGAAGGCUGGAAGCCAAAUUAUGUUUUUGCUGAUAGACAAGGACAUGGACAAAUACUACAAUGAUCAUAAAAUUAAAGUAAAAAGAGACACAGCCAGUCUGGUGCUGCUUCCUCACAAGCCCCGGAUUGUGGACAUGACCAAAGGAAGAGAUGGCUAUGGGUUUUAUCUGAGAGUAGGCCCAGGGCAGAAAGGUCAGAUCAUCAAAGAUAUAGAUUCCGGAAGCCCAGCAGAAGCAGCCGGUUUGAAGAAUAAUGACCUGCUUGUUGCUGUCAAUGGAGAGUCAGUGGAAAAUCUGGAUCAUGACAGCAUCGUGGAGAAGAUUAAAAAGGGUGGAGAUCAGACCUCCCUCCUGGUGGUGGACAAGGAGACCGAUGCCAUUUAUAGACUGGCUCAGUUUUCUCCAUUUCUCUACUACCUUCAAAAUCAAGUGUUACCUAAUGGUACAGUCAAAGAGGUUCUUGCUGUUCCUUCUCCCAUGGCCGCCAGCCCAGCUUCUUCUGAGAAAGUGACUUACAAGCCCAAGCUCUGCCGGCUGGUCAAGGGCCCACAAGGCUAUGGUUUCCACUUAAAUGCUGUUCGGGAUCAGCCUGGUUCCUUCAUCAAAGAGGUACAGAAGGGCAGCCCUGCUGCCCUAGCUGGUCUAGAAGAUGACGACUACAUCAUUGAAGUGAAUGGGGUGAAUGUGAUGGAUGAACCUUAUGAGGGUGUAGUGGAGAAAAUCCAGAUCAGCGGGAAGAGUGUCGUUCUAUUGGUCUGUGCAAAGGAGGCCUACAAUUACUUUCAGGCUGAGAAAAUACCCAUUCUUUCCUCCAUGGCGGACCCAUUGGAGGACUCUCCUAAUUCUACGGAGGAAUCACCAGCCACACCAGAGAAAGACUCGCCCAUGACAAAAGAACGAGCAAACAGCACGGGCUCUCAGUCUUCCAGCUCUGAAGACACCGAAUUAUGAUGACACCAGGCCUUGGCUUUGACUAGGAUGUCCUAGAAUUUGGCGGGAAUAAUCCUCUUUAAAAGAACAAGCUGUUACCCGUGGUGAGGAAGGACUCCUUGUGAACCUGGGCUAGACAGAAGCCUCCUGUCUUUUCCUAUUGCCCAUCUUAGGGAUGGCUAUAGACAGCCAAUUCAUUUGUGCUUUACUUAGCAAACCAGAACACACAAGGCAUUUUCAUUCCCACAAUCUCCCUCUCUCAAGUGAUUGUAAGAGAGAGAGGAGUAGCAUUAAGACUGAGCACAGGCCUGGGCCUCUUGAGCAUCAAAGGUGAUUUGCAAUUAGUAGAGGAGACUCAUUAGAUUUGUGAAAUCUGACCAGAUCAACUUUUCUUAGGAAUAGUGUGCUAUGCAUCUGUGUGUGCAAUGAAGAAUAAACAUCAGCAAUUCUUGUGUGAGA